AUGGCCAUUGUUGUAUCGACUGGAAUUUUUGCCAUUAUACGAACCGUUCAAAUUGGCACGCAGCUCCACCCCCCUCCCAAUAAAAAUCCCGAUACUUUCAGUACCGUCCUGGGCCUUACUUGGUCCGGCAUGGAGAGAAAUAUCGCGAUUCUUCUCGGGAGUGUGCCUGCGCUGAAUCCGCUCGUGGCACCGGCGACCAGAGUCAUGAGGCAGACUUUGGGCUCAUCGAUCUUGAAAUUCAGAUCGGCGAGAUCUCAAUUAUACCAGCUAUCGGAUGUUCCCCAGUCCGGUAAGCUGCCAAAUAAUGAUAGUGGACGACAAAUUUCUGCGAUUAAAAGCACCCGAUCGACAGGUACACGAAACUACAAUACGAGUGAAGAACGCAUAUUUCCUAUGCAGAGCGGAGAGAUUGCAUGGAGAGAGCAUUAUCUCUUCUUUCCAUGGGAUGGAUGCCUCAACGAUUUUGGCUGA